AUGUAUGCGAACUGCGCCCCCUGCGUAAAAUAGACUUUGUGACCGUUGGGAAGAGAGCGCGAACCGAUCAACCACUCUCCUUUUCUCUCUCUUUGUUCAACGAUCCUCUGUUCGAUUUCUCAACGAACAAUCGAUUGAUCAGUCGAUCGAUCUCUUCGGAGGAGCACGAAUCGCUAUGUCGUUACUUCUUCGACUGAAUUUUAGGGCUUUUCAUGCUUUUUUCUUAUGUUCGAUUAUUCUGAGCUGGUUUCCAGGGUCCAUAUUGUCAGCAAUAGUUACACUUGAUUCCAUCGAAAUUUUUAAAACACACGAAUGGAUAACCAAACCAACAGUUUACUUUCAGUGUAAAGGAGAGAACAAGACUUAUUUGCCAGAUGUGAAGAAAACUUAUGUCUCUUAUACUUUUAAGGGCGAAGAAUCUUGGCAGCCUUUGACAGAUUUUCCAAAUUCAAAAUGCAAGCGAUGCGGGAUCUAUGAGGAAGACUUCUUAAAAUCAGAUGUAUUUGAUGAGUGGGAAUUUUGUCCUUCUGAUUUUAGUGAAUCUGAUGGAAUAUAUAAACAUUUCAAAGACAAGGAAUUCAAUGCUACAUUUGUAUGUGCGGGGUGCGAGCCUCUUGGAAUCGAUUCUAAUCAUGCCUCGGAUUCCCAUAAUGGAAGGAAGGGAAUGCAUUGGGCCGUGGCAGUAAUAAUCAGUGCAUUGGUUUCAACUGUUUUUAUCAUUGGACUGGCGGUUGCGUACAAGUAUUGGCAAAAGAGAAAGAGGCAACAAGAGCAGGCCCGGUUUCUAAGACUCUUUGAAGAAGGCGACGACAUUGAGGAUGAGUUAGGUCUUGGGCCUCUUGGUGGUGUAAUUUGAGAAGUAGCAUCUUAUGUUACAUCACUACCCAAAACCUUUUGUAUUAUGAUUUUGUGAGUUGGUUAUGGACUAAAUUGUUAGGUUGUGUUUGGAUCAUGGAUUUGGGUAAGAAUUUGGAAAGAGAAAUGAAAGCGUAGGCGAAAUAUUUCUAUAUUUCAUCUAGCUUAUCUCUUUCCAUUUCCACAUCCCUCUCCUAUACCAUGAUCCAAACACAGACUUGGAGAAAGAAAAGUAAAGAAAAAGAAACAAAAAGCUCAUGAAAGUGUAAUGUGAGCAGGGCAGAGGUUUAAUGUUGUUUCCGAGAUUUGUUCAGCCUGUGGUUCAUAUGGAUGAGUAGAAUUCUCAGGACCAGAGGAUGUGAUUGUGUUUAGGUUAUGGAAACAUUAAAAAGAAAUGAUAAGAGCAAUGACUGAAUGAUUGUAUAGAGAUUUCAUUUGCCCAAAAAAGUACCGAUGAUUGCAGAG